AACGGCGAACAUGACAAUGGGUUUGAUGAAUUAAGGUAUUCCUUUGAUCAGCCUCAAGAGUACUUUUGCACUGAUCCCUGGAAGGAGGAGCCAGUGAGAAUUUUUUUGGGCAGUUUAUUUCAAAAAAAGCUUCUUCCCGAAUCCUAUCUUAUAAUCACAACAAGACCAACUGCUUUGGAGAAACUCCAUCGAUGUUUAGAGCACCCACGUUAUAUUGAGAUCUUGGGGUUUUCUACAAAGGAAAGGGAAGAAUAUUUCUACAAUUUUUUUGAAAAUAAAGACCAAGCAGCUCAAGCUUUCAGAUUGGUUAAGCAAAAUGAUACGCUUUUCACCAUGUGUGUCAUUCCCCUUGUGAGCUGGAUCGUCUGCACAGUGAUGAAACAAGAGAUGGGGAGAGGCAAGGAUCUCCAGAAGACCCCGUACACCCUCACUGCAAUCUAUAUGCUGUAUCUCUCCAGCCUGUUCAAGUUUCACCAUAAAGAAUCCAAGCAGGAUGUCCAAAUAAAUGUGAAAGGCUUGUGCUCUUUGGCUGCAGAAGGAACCUGGAAACGGGAAAUCCUGUUUAUGGAAGAAGAAGUCAAGAAGCACAGCUUAGAUCAGGAAGACUCCCUCCCCCUCUUUCUGAAUCAGAACAUCUUCAAAAGAGGCAUUGAUUGUAUUCAAACCUACAGCUUCAUUCACUUAAGCUUCCAGGAGUUUUUUGCUGCUUUGUUUUAUGUUCUAGAGGAAGGAGAGGAGCAGCAUUCUGAAAAUCUGAAUAGAAAUUUGGAGACCCUAUUAGAAAGACAUACAUCUUCUAGACUGGAUUUUGCAGUAGGAUUUCGCUUCCUCUUUGGUUUUUUAAAUGAGGAAAAAAGAAUGAUGGAGUUGAAAAAAGAAUUUGGAUGGAAAAUUUCUCCUAAGAAUAAAGAGUUUUUAUUAGACUGGAUGAAAAAUAACAUUAAAAAGGGAAGAAUUGCUUCCCGUUUGCAAAAAGCAAUGUUUACUUACUUAUAUGAGACACAGGAUGCCAAUUUUCUAAAAACUGCAUUGUGUGACAUGACUGCAAUAAAUUAUCACUGCAAAUCAGACCUGGAAGUGAUGAUCCUGGCGUACUGUCUACAACACUGCCAGAAUUUGGAGGAUAUCGUUGUUAAAGGCCCCCGAUUUCCAAAUGAGGAAGAGAGAGAAUUCUUUCCACAAGGAAAUGAGUAA